AAAAUAAACAAUACAUUUAAUGUUACAUUUGAAGGUCCUCUUCUUGAUACUUGGCCACUGUUUGGGUCACCUGUACCAAUAACAGUUAUUCUAAUUUCUUAUGCUUUCUUCGUGUUGUAUUUAGGGCCAAAUUACAUGCGUAAUCGUGCUCCAUUUAAUUUGAAAUACAUGAUUAUUUUAUAUAACACUUUUCAAGUUUAUUAUAACUUCUGGCUUAUUAGUCAAUUACAGAUGGUCAUGCAUAAGCAAUUUAUGAAACAUAUGGUUCGUUUUGGUUGUGUUAAUGGAUUAACUGACGAGGAAACGAAACAUUUUGGAGAUACUGUAUCACUGGCUCUUUGGCAUGCCACGAUAGACAGAGUUUUUGAUUUGUUCGACACAGUAUUUUUCGUUCUUAACAAAAAGCAAAGUCAUGUUACAUUUCUCCAUGUUUAUCAUCAUAUAAGUGUAGUGGCUAUUUUAUGGACUGCUUCAAAAUAUUUCCAAGGGCUAGAAUUCGGUAUUGUCGGCAUAUGCAACAUAUUCGUUCACAUGAUAAUGUACUUUUAUUAUCUUGUUGCUGCACUAGGGCCACAAUUCAGAAAAUUUUUAUGGUGGAAAAGAUAUUUGACUACACUUCAAAUAAUACAGUUUCUUAUAAUUUUGUUUUAUAUGCUAGGUUCUCUUUGGCUGUCAUGUAACUUUAGAAAAAAUGUCAUAUAUGUAAUAAUUGCAGAGACUAUUAUCAAUCUGGUAUUAUUUUUGCAUUUUUAUAGAAAAGCAUACAAAAAAGAUAUUACUCAAGUCAUGAUGAAAAAAAUAUCUAUUUGUGGAAGCGCACAAAUUGAUCAAAAUUAUGAUAUAAAUGGAAAUUAUGAUGAAAAGUUAGAAUUAAGCAAAAAACAUAUAUGA